GCUGAGGACUGAGCAGCGAGUUCAGUAUUUAUUUCACAUCGCUAAGAGUUCGCAACGUUUAACGGACCUUACUUUGUACGUUUGAGAAUAUCACUUGAUCUUCAACAACUACAAAAACAAACCUAAAAAGAAGCAAUCAUGAGCUCCGCUGAGUACUAUCCAUUCAAGUGCACGCCCACCGUUUACCCCGCGGAUCCCUUCGAUCCCAUCGAGGAUGCCGCCAUUCUGCGCAAGGCCAUGAAGGGCUUCGGCACCGAUGAGAAGACCAUCAUUGAGAUCCUCGCCCGUCGCGGCAUCGUCCAGCGUCUGGAGAUCGCCGAGGCCUUUAAGACUGCCUAUGGCAAGGACUUGAUUUCGGACCUGAAGUCUGAGUUGGGCGGCAAGUUCGAGGAUGUGAUUGUGGCACUGAUGACGCCGCUGCCACAGUUUUACGCACAGGAGCUGCACGAUGCCAUCUCUGGCGUGGGCACCGAUGAGGAGGCCAUUAUUGAGAUACUGUGCACCCUGUCCAACUAUGGCAUCAAGACCAUUGCUCAGUUCUACGAGCAGAGCUUCGGCAAGUCCCUAGAGUCAGAUCUGAAGGGUGACACCAGCGGACACUUCAAGCGCCUGUGCGUCUCGUUGGUGCAGGGCAAUCGGGAUGAGAACCAGGGUGUUGAUGCGGCGGCCGCCAUUGCCGAUGCCCAGGCGUUGUACGAUGCCGGCGAGGGCAAGUGGGGCACAGAUGAGUCCACCUUUAACUCGAUUCUGAUCACCCGGCCGUAUCAGCAGCUGCGUCAGAUCUUAAUCGAAUACGAGAAUCUCACCGGAAAUGACAUCGAGUCGGCCAUCAAGCGUGAGUUCAGCGGCUCUGUUCAAAAGGGUUUCCUGGCCAUCGUCAAGUGCUGCAAGUCCAAGAUUGAUUACUUCUCUGAGCGUCUGCAUGACUCAAUGGCCGGUUUGGGCACCAAGGACAAGACGCUGAUACGUAUCAUUGUCAGCCGCUCCGAGAUCGAUCUGGGAGAUGUCAAGGAAGCAUUCCAAAACAAGUACGGCAAGAGCCUGGAAUCUUGGAUCAAGGGCGAUACAUCUGGCGAUUAUAAGCGUGCCCUAUUGGCUAUUGUUGGAUUCUAAAAAAUAUAACAGAAAUCAAAUGAGCCAACCAACAAUACAAAAAUAAUAAUUAAAAUCAUAUGAAAAAUAUAAAAAUAUUGUCACUGUCGUGUCUGUUCCAUGCCUUAAGCACAAACAUAUUGUACAAAAUUUGACUAUAUAAUAGUUGAAACGCAUAUACAUUAUAUUAUAGUAUGAUCGACUAAUGCAAAGUGGAACACAAAUUUUUACAAGCAACGCAGUGCAUUUAUUGAGGCCUACAGUCGCAUCACAUGUUAAUUAUUAUACAUAGUCCUAUGCACAUUCAUUGCACAUAGUUUUAUCUCGAUUUUAAAUAUAACUUUAUAUACUUAUAUACCUAUAUAUAUAUAUACGGCCGGCUCUAUAUGUAGCUUAUGGUU